CUUCAGUAUAGGUACAAACACUGUUGAAGUCAGUUUACCUAAAUAUUUAUUAUUUUUUAGUUUAUGUGAGUUAUGCGUAUAAUGUGAAUAGUAACAGUACACAGUAAAAAUGACGGUCCCGCAGCUAGAAGAAGAACUAGAAAACCUCACAGCGUUGGCAGUAGUUGAUGAUUCGAAUUCUGCCGAGAAGCCAAAUUUGAAAGGAGAUUGGUUGAAUUUUUUCCUAUUGCUGUUGCUGUACACGAUGCAAGGGAUACCAUUAGGCAUAGCGGCGGCAAUGCCAAUAAUUUUGCAAAGCAACAAAAAUGUGUCUUACAAAGAUCAAGCUCUAUUCAGUUUUGUUGAUUGGCUCGUAUAGCUUAAAACUGAUAUGGGCUCCUUUGGUAGACGCAUUAUACGUACAAAAAAUGGGAAGACGAAAAUCAUGGCUCAUACCGGUUCAAUAUUCGAUUGGUGUAUAUUUCAUUUAUAUGGCCAGCAAUAUUGAUGAAUGGUUGCCGGAAACGCGUAGACCCGACAUAAUAAAAUUGGUAUCAGUAUUUUUCUUCAUGAAAACGUUGGUUGCCACGUUAGACAUAGUCGUCGACGGUUGGUCACUGACAAUGCUCAAGAAGAAUAACGUAGGCUAUGCAGCUACAUGUAAUGUGAGUGGUCUAGUGAUAGGCAUGAUUAUAAGUUAUGUUUGUUCCGUCUUAUUGACGUCAGAAGACUUUAGCAACAAGUACUUAAGAUUCAGUCCAAAUGUGGGAGGAGUAAUCACUAUGAAAAGUUUAUUUUAUGUCUUCGGUAUACUUUUUAUAUUAAUAACUACAUUGAUUGCAAUUUUUAAAAAUGAAAAAGAUAACAAAUUAGAGGAAGACCACGUAAAACUCAGCAUUGUUCAAAACUAUUCACUACUAUGGGACAUUUUAAAACUACCUAGUAUUCAAAUAUUGGCAUUAACAUUACUGACAGCAAAGAUUGGAUUUGCUGCGACUGACAGUCUGGCGAUUUUAAAACUCAUUGAUGCGGGAGUACCAAAGGAAAACAUUAUGGUUAUUCACACAACAAUUUUAGUUUUAAAAAUUAUUGUGCCACUUGUUAUAGCAAAAUACACUUCUGGUCUAAAACCUCUGAACAUAUACCUAACAGCAACACCCAUCAGAUUGCUUUGGAAUAUAUUAUUUUUGGUGUUCAUUUAUUAUACACCGAAAUUGAUAACAAUGAAUGGAUCUGUUAAUAUUCCAAUAUAUUACUAUGCACUUUUAGUAUUAAUAUUAUCAAUACACAAUAUUUUACCUAACAUUAUGGGUGUGUCUACAUUAGCUUUUAUUUCCCGAAUAAGUGAUCCACGUUUUGGUGGUACCUACGUGACAUUAUUGAAUACACUUUCAAAUUUGGGAAAAGCAUGGUCGAAUACGGUCGCUAUUGGAAUGGUAGAUUUCCUAACUUUUAAACAAUGUUCUUCAUAUCAACAAAAUAAUUGUUCAACAGCAGAUCUAAAAAAUAUGUGUAAAACAAAUGGAGGGGAUUGUGUUGUUAUAUUGAACGGUUUUUACGUAGAAACGGCUAUGUGUACCAUAAUCGGAAUUGUUUGGUUUUGUAUUUUCAGAAUUAUCCUUCAAAAUUUUCAAAUUAAGGGACGUUCUCAAUGGUUGGUCAAUAUUAAAAGACCUUCUUCUGAGUAAUAUCAAAUAAUAAUUGUUGAAUAAAUAUUGAUCAAUACCUAUUUAGCCAUGAAGAUUAACAUUUCAGAGACCUAAAUAUAUCUAUUGUAAUUAAUUUAUUAUUUUGGUAAUGUAUAUUUUAGUAUUAUAACUAUAUAUUAGAUUCUCUAUUCUGACUUUAAACUAUAAUCUUAUAGUAAUCUGUAUAGCACUAGUGUAUACCUUAUAUAUAUUAUAUAUCAUAUUAGCAUCAGUCAAAAUUAAUAAAAUUCAGAUCUAGAAUAAUAUUCUAUAUGCAUAUUUUUACUAUAAUUUUCCUGUUCUACAAAUAUUUAUAAUAGACCAAUAGAUAAUAAAAGUUCACAUAUUAUAUUUAAUAUUAAAAAUUGUUUUAACUGUAAAAUAAUAUAUUUUUUAAAAUCUAUAAGCAGGUUCUUUGUAUUUUAUAUCAAACAAAGUGGGUAAGUGAUAUUGUUUUGUGAUUUAUAGUGUUUAUAAUGUAAUAUAUCGUUUAAAAUUA